CUGAACAUCCUGAAGCGAGACGUCACCACUCACCGACACACUCUGCCAGUAUAUCUAUCUCACGCAAGCCACAAUGACCACCCAUUUCUAGCCGACUGCACAGUUGUUUAAUGCUUGGAGGAAGACUACUGUGUAAUCUCGAAUAUCUUUGCUGCACUGGGCGACAUCCCACCCGGAGCUGCCAAGACCUUCGAUAAAACUGCUCGCGGCUAACGGCGUGGGAGAAAGAACUCGUCUCUGCUCAUCCCUUUCACCCAACAUGAGAGGCAUCCUCAUCGUUGCCACGCUUGCAGCGUCGUUGUGGUCAGCAUCUGCGAGCGAGACCCAGUGUCCCUCCCAGUGCGUCUGCAGCCCUAACUCCCGGGCGAAAGGACGACUACUGCCAGGCCGGGCUCUAUGUCACACCAUGCCACGUGAGCUGCCACUCUUCAUCACCACAUUAAAGGUUCACAACUCUCAAGUGCCUAGUAUCACACGAGACAGCCUCUCAAGGGUCAUGGGCCAACUCGAUGAAGUCAUACUUGAAUCGCUGCAUAUAGAGUCAGUAGAAGACGGAGCUUUCCAAACUGCAACAAACUUAAGGAUACUCAAGCUGUCCAGCAACAAAUUAAAAGAUAUCACCGCCGGGACGUUCACCAACUGCACGAAGAUCACGGAACUUCACCUGGAGGAAAACGACUUGGACUUCAUCGACGACUAUGCUUUCGUGAGUCUCGUCAACCUCGAGGAACUGUACCUGCAGAGAAACCAGCUGACGCACCUGCCCUCUCACCUACCACUAAAUCUCAUCAAGCUAGUCCUAGCCACCAACAAAAUUGGACCAGAUUUUAUCAACAACUUAAACCUGACGCACCUCACGACGCUGGACCUGUGCGACAACCCGCUGGGGAGAGUCUCCCUGGACGCUCUGGCCUCGCUGGGCUCGCUGCAACACCUGUGCUUGGAAGGCAAGGGCCUCGGGCUGCCAGAGUCGACGGCCAGCCACAUCCCGCUGCUGAGCCACCUCAGCCUCGCCUCCACGACCAGCGCUCGGCUCGACGGAGCCACCAGGCAAGAACUGGCGCAACUAACCGCCAUCACAUUUAUUCAACUAUCUAAUUACAACAUUCUAACCUUUAAGUUUCUGGAGAAACUAACAAAAAUAACGGAAAUCCAUCUGACAACUGUAACUAUCAGUGACGAAUCGGGCAAAGAAUUUGUGGACUCUUUUUCCCAACUUACCACCCUGGCCAUUAUCAAACUGGACAGAAGCCCUCAGUUAGCUGAAGUGUUUACUCAAAAUGCCCACAAGUUCCAGCUCAGGUUCCUCCACACUCUCAGCCUGAGAGACGACGGCCUGACCAUCUUACGCCCUGGUGACAUUCCGAGCCCAAACCGGCUCACACUGGACGUCAGUGGGAAUCCCUUCCACUGCGACUGCCACAUCGAGUGGCUGCAGGACGCGCACGACCUGCAGGACCAGACAGGCACGCUGUGUGUGACCCCGGUCGAGCUUCACGGCCGGUCGCUCAACACGUUCACACCAGGGAAACUGAACUGCCCAGCAGACGACCAAGACGCAAGCUCCUCCGGCCACUACAGUGAACACGACGCAGAAGACACAAACACCCACAUCAUCGUUAUCUGCGUGAUUGCAGCACUGAUAAUCGCAGUUAUCGUCCUCGCAGCGGCCUACUUCCUCUACAAGAAGAGGAGGUGCAUCCGCAUCUCUCCCGAGACUGAACUAUACGACCAACAACAGCAAGUUCAAACUGUUCAACAGAUGCAUUCUAACGACCACUUACUAAAGAAGUAAUGCACAAAAUGAAAGAACAUCAGAAUUCACUACUCCAAAAUUUUAUUCCUAAAUGCCAAGUGUAGUAUAAAUGUAAUAAUUUAUUAUUUUUUAAAUAAUUCACUAGUUUGAUGUAAAAUAAUGCAAGAAUCAUUUUCAAGCAAAAUUAUUGAAUUAUGGUUUAACUUAACAGUUUUGCCAUUGCUCCAAAUUAUACUAAAUGUUAAUGUAAAUGUGAUGCUCUGCGGAUAAAUCUAUGCUUGCAUUUUAUUUUUAUUUAACUAAAUUCUUCUCAACAGUAAGGUAUUUCGUGAGGUAAUUUGAGACACAAGCAGAAUUAUUCUGGAACUUCAGGGAAGGAAUCAGAUCUGGCCAAAACCAUUCCCACAUGUGCCUAAAAUGAUUUUGAGAAACUAUAGAAAACCGAAAUGGUUAGGCUAAGAUUUGAACUAGAGUACUCUGGAAUGAGCUGGUUUUAUUUGCAAGAUUAAAAAGAUUUAGUAAUUUUCAAAAUUUUGAAGUGGCUAUUGUACUAACAACAUAGCAUUGGGAACUUAACAUUAUUAAAUCAAAAAUUUAGUUAGCUAGUUAUAUAAUCAUCUGAGAAAUCAUGUAAUACGUUUUUGUAAGAUGUGAAUAUUCAAGUUGUAUUUAUUCUCUUUUGAUAGUAAUUUCUACCAAAUAUUACAAGUUAAAUAAAAUACUUAAAAAUUGUGAAA